CUUAAGAAUAAUGAUGACUAAAAAAAACUCAAAGACGUGAUUGCCCGCGUAUCCGCUAAAGAUUUAGCGACAUCCUAGCAAAAGGAAUAAGUCCCAAAAUUUUGAGGUACAAAUUUCAGUUGGUUGGGUCUGUAUAGCCUUUUAAAUUUUAUAGCUCCAAACGAAAUCUUUUCUGGCAACACUGCCGACCGGGCCGGGUCUCACUACAACUCACUCUACACUGAAAAUUUUUUUUUAAGUAAUUUACCUCAACGAGAUUUGAAAAUUAUUUCAAUAUUUUUUUACAUCUUUCAAAUUCAUAGAUUUUUUUCCAAUAAGUACAAAUUCAAGUGAAAAAGAUUAAAAUUUAUUAAUUGUUGAAAAAUUAAACGUAUUUACCAAACAAAGAAUUCAUUUUAUCUAUCUAAAUCUAAAUUCGUGCGUCCCAUCGCAAAAAAUUGCUUGCAAAAUAGGUUAUCCAAAGAUGGAGGUUGAGAAAAAGUUGUCGUUGCGCUCCACGUCGAAGACGAAUUGCGUGUCGAAGACAGCAUUUAACCAAACGAAAGCUGGUAAAUGCCAACGUCCUAGCGGACCGCUUCAUCGCAAUCCAUAUUUGAAUUUUCUACGCGAAUUUCGUCAACGCAAUUGUGGUCUCUCAGCUGUGGAAAUCAUACGACGCGGCGCUAAGGAAUGGAAUAAUAUGGCAAAAGAGAGCAAAUUACGGUAUAUUGAAGAGGCUUUUUAUGCACCAAAGAAAAGAAAACUACCGCUACCGCCGCCACAGAAGCAGCCGCAGCAGCAGUGGCAGCAGCAGCAGCAGUGGCAGCAGCAGCAGCAGCUGCAGCAGCAGCAGCAGCGGCAGCAGCAACAGCAGCAGCAAUUGAUAAAGCCGACACAAAUGCGGGUGGUGUCAUAUGCGAAAGACUGCGGCCCUGUGUGCCCUAGGGCAAAUGACGGUUGUAAAAAACGCCGCAAGAGACGAAUGGCUAAAUGUGGACGCAAAAGGCGACGACCGAGGCGCCGUUCUUGUCGAAGGAAGAAGAGGCGAAGUUGCAGAGUCUAGUGGUGGCGCAUCUAUUUGACAAAUUUCGGGAAAAUGAAAAUAUUUGCGAUGAAUUAUUAGGAACUUAUACAUGUGUGGUUCGUGAAGAGUCUGCAGUACGCACUUUUUAAGGCGACUACUAAUUGUAAAGUUUGUAUAUAAAUAAAGG